UGUGUUCAACGAAGGAAAGUAAGUGUGGGUUUGGCAGCUAAGAAGUAUUAACGUCUAAUUUAUCUACUUGGUUGGAUUGGAUCCGUUCAUACGAACGUAACAAGUUCCACUAAUAAUACGAACGUAUUCUCUGUUGGUGAGAAGAAAAGUGUGACAUUUUUACAUUUUAACAGAAUUUUUGUCUCAAAUUAAGUAAUUUCUAAAAGUUUUCCUUCGACACGGUGCAGCCCAGUUUCAAAAGAGUGAAUAUUUACCAAAGUGCAUUAACUUUUAGGACAAAAGUGGAAAUAUUUUAGGAAGGAAGGAAGAAAAAGAGGAUUUGAUCAAAUCAAGUGUGUAUUUAGAAAAAAUUAAGCACUGAACUGUAUAAAACUAUUUAAUAAGUGCAGCCAAAUAAGUGAUCUGGAAACUUUGAAAUUUUAAGGAAAUAUAGCAACCAUUCCAUACAUCAUCCGGACAUACUUAAGAACUCAAUCAUUAUCAUUUAAAAACGCAGAUUUGCAUCUCAACUUCCAGUGACUCUGAACUGGAGAUAAACAAUCUUUCUUUCUCGUCGUUGGACAGUACUAAAAGUGGAAAAGGAAUAUAAUCCAGUCACGUCCAGCAAGUUGGCUAGAGAGCAAGAACCAAAAACCAAACCAAGUAGUGACCUGGACAUUCGUUUAUUUUAGUGGAACUUUUUCUCUCACUGUUAGUGAAACCUCUAUCUAUUAAAAAAACUUUGGGAAUUUCGUUCGUUCGUGCUAAAAGGUAAUAAUUUCGACGACCACGACGACGACAAAUCUGGAUCCGCAAACAGUUAAUUUUGUGAUUGAAUUUUGGAGAGAAAGAGAGUAAACUUUCUCGCAAAGGAGUAGUAGAUCGUACUGAAGGAUUCGUUUUUAAUCGAGAGGAGGAUGAUCAAAGAGACAAAGUUCCUUAAGGUGGAGUCGGGGAAGAAAGAAGUGGGGACAGAUGACUUUGAUUCUCUGAGUGUUACUGACAGCGGAGUUUUUAGUGACAAUGACGCCUGCAGUUCUGGACGUGCUUCGCCCAUUUCGUCCUGCAAGGAUGGAGGAACGUCAUCGACAGCCUCAGCGAAAGCAGUAUCAGCAGGAACCCAUGUCGCAGCGGACAGAGACCGAUUCGCAAUCCUCAGCUAUGAACAAGUCACCCGCGUCGACAGCAUCUUGAAUGAAAUGGUGGCUCUCGAAGGACGAGGAAAUUUCCCUGCGUUGGAAUUGAAGUUGAAAGACCUACUGACUGCUGUGAAGGAUCGUUUGGUCCAGGAAGGAAUCAAGAUUCGUGAUAUCCGACUUAAUGGCGGAGCUGCUAGUUAUGCACUGAAGGACCGUUUGGACUACUGCUGCGUGUGUGGAAUGGUUUACCAACCUUCCGGAAGUGGAGACUGUGGAAUGGUGUGUUCUUGUCCCGAACAAACCAAAAACUUUUCGGGUUCAAUACUUCCUUGGUCACAUGUUGCUGCUGACAUUGAUCUCAUCUUUGGAAUGGAGUUAUUGACAGCCAAACAUUUUGAUCGGGUCAAGACUGCAGUACUGCAGGCUCUUCUGGAUCUCUUGCCGGAGAAUGUGAGCCGAAAGCGAAUGUCUCCUUGUGCUUUGAAGGAAGCGUAUGUGUCCAAGAUGGUGAAAGUCUGUGAAGGAGACCGCUGGUCCCUGAUUGCUUUGGGAAAUGGGUCCGUGAAUCAAGUGAACUCAAGCAGUAAAGGGCGAAGCUGCUCAGUCGAGUUGAAAUUUGUAGAUACAAUGCGUCGCCAGUACGAGUUCUCAGUGGACAGCUUUCAGAUUGUUCUUGAUUCUUUGAUGUUGUUUUACAAGUGUUCCGCUGUUCCUAUGUGUAGCAGAUUUUACCCAACUGUUGUGGGAGAGUCUGUCUUUGGAGAUUUUUAUGGUGCGCUUUACCAUCUCCAAAAUGGUCUGAUUGCUACUAAUUCACCAGAGGAAAUUCGGGGCGGAGGACUCCUUAAAUAUUGUAACCUUCUGGUGCGAGGAAACAGACCGGCGGAUAUUCAUUCCAUUCCUCCCCUUCAGCGGUACAUGUGCUCCAGGUUUUUCAUUGAUUUCCCAGAGGUGGAACAACAAGAAUCAAAAUUGCGAACCUACCUUGCUAAUCACAUGUCUGGAGUUUCUGCAAAACUCCGAUAUGCUUUCCUGAUAACCCUUUAUCACGUCGUGGACAGCUCAACCGUAUGUCUGAUGGGUCAUGAACGUCGCCUGACGCUGCAGCUUAUUCAGAGAUUAGCUUGUGAGCUUUUCAACACCGAUGGACGUCAAGGGAUUUACGGUUCUCAACCAAGUCACCUGUAUCCGUGCUAUCCCACAACCACGUAUUACAUGCCGCAACAAAACUCAUCAGGAUCAACGUCGGCAAUCGCAGUCGAGUCUGUCACUUCCUCCAAUGGCACCACCUACUAUUCUCCCCCAGCCGCGGCGGCUUCCACGUCAUCUCCGGCCAUUUUGACGACAACACAAAAUUACUCGCACCAGAGACAUCCUACCAACAACAAGUUGUGUCCCAACACAAAAUCCACUGCGAAUAAUAACAAGACUCAACCCCAACGACAUUCUCAAUCAACAACAUCAAGUCAGAACAUUGCCAAGCCUUCUUCAACCUCUUCUUCAGUCCCCCUUUUGACCGCCACCUCAUGAAAUGGGUGGUCAAAAGCUCGAUCCGUGGGAGAACCUAUUAUAUAUUUAAUAUUUAAGUUAACAUACACACAUUCGACUCAGACUGUCGAAUAAUAUCACAUAAAAAAUCAUUCUGUACUCUAUUCUAGAAGCAAGCAUCUAAAAUGAGCUGUAGCGAGAAGCAUAUUAUGUAGAGAGGCGCAAAAGUAUUCGCCAUUAGCUUAACCUGGCGACAGAAAAGGAGAGAAAGUAACCUAAAUACUAUAUUACCUAGAUAAAUUUACUGCCAAAAAAGAGGGUAUUAUCUUAUCACCAAACAAGAAAUUAUUAGUACAUCAUCAUCACCAGAAUUAUAGAAAAAGGCCUAAAAAAUUAAGAAAAAUGAAUUUGAAAUUCUCACUCUCUCAAUAUUUCCCCUCUUUCUCUACCUUUCGUGUCAAAGGUCUCUGUUAGCUGGGCGGAUCAAAUUAUCAAAAUUUUCUUUUUCCAUAAAAUCGCAAAAAUUCCACUGCUUCUAAUAUUUAUCACUUAUCAAUGUUUUAAAAGAUAACAUAUGAAUACCUUAAGAAGAAGAUUGACAAAAAGGGGUCUAUGUUAACUCAAAGGAAUGCAUGGAACAUUGUUUGCUCUUGGUAUGUGUAUAUGUGUCAAAAAAAAUUGAGAGGGGUAUGUCUACACUAUUAAAGCGAAAGUUGAUACACUUUGCGGAAUUUUCUUCUCAAAUUAUGAAUAGUUAAAUAAAUACAUUUGGACUGUAUCUCGUACCAUUAAACGUUUAAGCGUCUGAAACUCUGAAAAGUCCGAAUUAUAAUGGACGACGUUAACAGUUUAAUUGGUCGGAUACUUUAAAAAUACGCUUCCAUAUUACUAACUAAUUAUUACCUUGUUUGUCUUUUGAACUAAAUUUCUUCUUCUCUGAUUUCAAAUUCAAACGAUAACUUAUGUCCUUUGUGAUGAUGAAUUUCAUAAAUGCGAAGCUGCAGUCUUCUACAUAUUUUAUCAGAGAAAAAAAUUCGCCAUACAGAAAAUUAUGAUUACACAAAGUGUGAAAUAAUAUGUACCUUGAUUAGACUGUGGCAUUUUGUGUGUCACUAAAUUAAAUAUUCCUCCUCUUCAAUUAACUAAAUAGAGAGUUGUUGGUUCAAUAUGAUGAAUGUGCUAUUUUUAUUAUUAUUAUCCUAGUUAAUUAAUUACGAAUUCACAGUAGUUGGUGACCAUCUCAAAAAAAAUCUUGUCAUUUACUUAUAUUUUAUAAGAAAAAAAUAUUACAUAUUAUCCACUCUGAAGAAAACCCAAUUGCCAUAAAAAAUUAUCUAUAUUCGAAUAUCUAGUUUUUUUCUUUCUCUUUUUAUUAUUAAAGUAUAUUUUCUUACUGCAUGAAUUUAGUAAAAUCAAAUUCUUUGAGUUUUUGCUGAAAAUAUAUUAACAUUUAUUAUGAUCUAUGAGGAACCAAGACUAUGAUGAUAUCUACUAACUAAAAAAAUGUGUACCUAUUAAUUAAACAUUUCUGCUCCUAAUUAAUUAACUAUUUCCUCAUAAUAAUUAAUUAAUCCAUCCCUGGGUUUUAUAGUACUAAUGAAAAAUAGCAGGUUUUUUUCCCCUCUGAUUGAUUACAUUACAUACAUUAACGACUUAUCACUUCCUUGAAAGACUUGAGAAUUUGAAGAAUUAUUAAUUAUUGUUAUGAUGCUGUUUCAUCAAUAAUAGUGAAAAAAAUACUGAAUAGAAAUGUCAUGGACUGAUGAAAGAUGUGAAAAUAUGCUGUCUUAUUAUUACUACUAAAACUUACUUUUUUUGUCUCUUAUUAAUUUUUUUAGCAGUAAUUAAAAAAAUGCAUAAUACAUUUACAUACAUAAAAAAUAUCUAUUAAUGCUGCUUUAUAUACAAUUAGCAAAUGCAAGUAGUCGAGUCGGUCGCCAACAAGUAAAAUUAUUGAUGUCUCAUUAGUACAAUCUUAUAAAAAUAUGAUGAUAAAUAAAUGUUAAGAUACACACAUUAUUAUUAAUUUAAUUCUACUUUUAUGUAUGAUUAUCUAAAAUUUAUGCAGAAUUGUGCAGGGUACGGCAGGUCGAGUAUAAUAUUCAUAUUUUUAAUUUUGCAAUGUGCGAUUUUUUUCAAUCACCAAUUAAUUUGUAACGUAACAUAAGUAAUUAUUUACCUUUAGUAGAAAAAUAUCCAACAUAAUUUUACAAGAAAGAAGAAAAAAUGUGCAAUUUAGUUCCUCAAAUUGCAACUUUUGCCAAAUGUCAAUGAAUAUUAAUCGAAUGAAGCUUGGUUUUGGAAAAAAGUACAAAAAAAUCAUCUGUGACUAUCUUACAAUCAAAUUAAAAGGAAAGUGAAAAAAAUAAAAGUUAAGUAUCGUAUAUAUUGUAAGGAUGGAUUACAUACAAGUUUAUUCAAAUCCAUCCGCCGGAAGUAGAACUAAAAAUAUGUGUAUGCAAAUGAUGAACCGUGUAGUUUCCUAAAAAUACUUGUUAGUUUAGUAAAAAUAGUAAAUAUUUCCGUGUAGAAGUUUGACAAAUUCCGAGAUUUUAUUAUUUACUUUAAUUAUCUACCAGCAGCCAAGUUUCAAAUGCUAAUGCAAAAAUUAUUAGUAAAAAUGCAAAAGUCUAUUAAUGCAGCAGCCCAGUUAAGUUUAAGAAACUUUAUAUUUUCGGGUUAUCAAUUUGCUGGUGAAAGCGAGAGAAAAGAGAAAAAUGGUGAUAAUACAUACUAAAUAAUGAUUCAGAAAUAUGUACUCCAAUUUUUAAACAUGAUACGAAAUAUCACAUACAGAGCGUGCUCCAUAAAAAAAUUACCGUUGUUUACAUACAUACCUUACCUAAAAAAGUUAGCUGUCCGAUAAGCCAGCCAUCAUGAUGAUACCUAACCUACCUUAAUUUCGACAGGUUAAAGACAAUUAUUUCUCAGUUAUCACAAUGAAUUAUAUACAAACUAUUAUCAAAUAUUUUUAGUGUUUUUUUGGGGGGUAAAAAAUAUUAACAUUUAAUAAUGAAUUAAGUAGUUAAUUAAUUAGCAGGAUGAAAAGUGAUGGUAUAAAGUUUAUUGUAAUCCAUUCUUGUAAUAUGAUGAUUGUUAUAAAAAAAAGUCCUAUCUAUUAAAUGUAUCUCUACUGCAAUGGUGGUAAUUAGUAACGACCGUACCGUGUACCGUACCGAAUGUUAUAGUUGAAACGUUGCACAAUUUAUUAUCUAAAAUAAGCUAUCAAUCAACAACAACUUAUGUACUGUCUUAUUUAUGGUUUGUAUAACUUUGAAAAAAACACAGCUUGAGAAUAUCCAAGUAUUAAAUUAAUGGAUUUAUUAAAAAUUUCAAAUAUAUUACAAUAAAACGGAUCCUGGGAGGAUUAAGUAAAC